UUUAGUGUUGUUAAAAACUUUUUGUUUUCAUCUAAUUUAUUACUAGUCAUUAAAAAAUAACGAUUUUUUUUUUAAAAUUUCCCAACUUUCUUCGAACGUUAGUAUUUAUUGAUAUUCCAUAAAACGUGUUAAGAAUUAUUCUGUUUGCUGAGAGUGGUAUAGCUGAACUUAUUUUAAUAUUGUGUGAACUCUGAUUGAAUAGAAUCAUCUGAUUAAUUUUCCAUGUCUAAUCCAGAUGAUGAGGAAAUUCAGAAAAUGUUGCAAUUCGUGCCACAAGUUGGGGCAAUGUUUGAAGUACAAGAAAAAGUUGGAGAAGGUACUUUUAGCAAAGUAUAUAGAGCAUUUGUCAAGAAUACAGGUGAUCAAAAGUUCGAGUAUGCCUUAAAGUACUUGGUGCCAACAAGUAAACCUUCUCGUAUUGCAACAGAAUUGCAGUGUUUAAAGGAUGUUGGGGGUACCAACAAUGUUGUUGGUAUAGUAUCAUGCUUUAUGAAUAAUGGACAUGUGGUGAUUGUUAUGCCAUAUUAUCCUCAUCAAAGAUUUUCGGAUUAUGUUCGAUUGAUGAUUCUUGAUGAUAUAAAAAGUUAUAUGAAAAAUCUUUUAAUUGCUUUGGAACAAAUACAUUCCCAUGGAAUUAUUCACCGAGACAUCAAACCAAAUAAUUUUUUGUACAAUCAAUCUCAACAGAGCUACACUCUUGUUGAUUUUGGGCUAUCUCAAAAAUGCAGUGAGCUACAUGCUAGGUAUUCCAAUCGCCAGCCUUUGUCAGACUCCAGUGGUAGACUAAAUAAAAAUAUUAAAAAGUUAGCUGAAGAUUCAGAGAAGAAAGUAAAUGAAACAGCUGCAUCAGCGGGAACAUCAAAACUUCAAACUAUUAUUAAAGAGCAAGCUAGGGGAGGAUGGAGAUCACAAAGUAAAGCAAAAGAUACUGCUAAGCAUGGAAAGGGUAAAACUAAAGAAUGUAACUGUUUUAAGAGGCCAACUGUUUGCAAAAUAUGUCUUGGAAGGGAUCAAGAAGAAGCUCCGAGGGGUGGUACUCCAGGUUUCAGAGCACCAGAAGUUCUACUGAAACAUAGCCAACAAACAACAGCUAUUGACAUGUGGUCUGCUGGUGUAAUAAUGCUAUCCAUUUUAAGUAAAAAGUAUCCUUUUUUUCGAGCUGAUGAUGAUCUUACAGCACUAGCUGAAAUUACCUUUUUAGUUGGAACAAAAGAAAUAAAAGAAGCAGCUGCUUCUAUAGGUAAAAUUUUGACUAUGAACUUGCCAGAAACUACAGAGUCAAUUUCGGAUAUUCGUAAACAAUUGGGACCAGAUCGCUACCUGCAGUCAUUAUGCUUUAUGAUUCAACGGGAUCAACCUUGUUUUGUGCAUACUCCAAAGCCUAAUGAAUCCAUUACUGACUGUUUAAUGUGUCAUAACAUUAGUAAAACAAUCCCAGAAAGUGCUUAUGAUUUAUUGGACAAAUUACUUGAUCCAAAUCCGCAUACCAGAAUAACUGCUACUGAAGCACUUGAUCACCCAUUUCUAACAAGUAGUUAACCAUAAAAUGUUAUGAUAAAUAAUUAGUUGUAUUUAUGUAUUUGUAGAAGCUACUUGUCAGACCUUAUAACAGCAGUAGAAUAUUGUUUACUGCUGUUAAUUCUUUUAAAGGCUCAAAAAAUGUAUUUCCAAUUUCUGAAUUAAAUUUAAAUAUACUGGGUCUAUUGCUGCAAAAUAUUGGUUAGCAUGAUGUUUUUUAUAAUGGGCUCUUUUCAGGCAAAAAAAUUCUUUUUUCGUGUUUACAUAAAGAGAAUCAUCUAACGUAUGUUUAUUAAUGUCUUUAAAUUAUUUUUUGUUUAAUUGAUAUUUGUUUGAUUGAACUUAGUUACCAAAAAUUAAAACAAAUUAUUUUUAAACUUUUUCCAAGCUAUUAUAAUAGUUUUGAAACAGAAGAAAAUUAAUUAAAUAAUGCAAAAAAUAUUUCAAAAUACUGUAUAGAUACGUCUUAGUUUCUUAAUAGGUAGGAAAAUUGUGUUUGUAUAAUUCUCUAUAGGAUGUAAGUAAUAUUUUUUUUUUAAAUUUUUUGUCUGAAAAAGACUUAGCUAUCCUAAACUGUAGCAAUUUUUCUAUUAACAUCUUUAGAAAAAAUAAUCCAUGUUUUUGUUUAAUGGUUUUAUUGGAGUACAGAUUUUUUAAUUCAAGUAUUAAAAGAAUUAAGAAAUUUUAUUAAAGGGUAUCUUAUUUCCAAAUUCAUGAAAAUGUGAUUUAUAUCUUUUUUAUUGCGGAACUGAACAAUAUUUCCAUACAUGGUGAAAAAAGUUGUUCAGUUAUUUGAUUUUGGAACAUAAUGUGCUAUCUUUUCAUGGUAUUUAUUUUUAUUUAUAUUAAUUUUAUAAGUCUUAAUGUUUUUAAUUCUUAUAAAUGCAUUAGUAUGAAACCUGUAAAUUAAAAUCCUUAUAAUUGUUUUUAGGAAAGUUUCUUUGUUUUGUAAUUGUACCUGCUACAGAAAUUGUUAAAUUCCUUGCAUAUAUGUUUUAAUAAUGUUUUGACAGUAAUUGUUUAUAUUUUAUAGUUUAUUCUCAGGUAAUAUCUAGUUUUGUUUAAUAACCACAACCGGGUAAUCUGUUAUUGUCUGUAUUCUUUUAAUUAAGUACAAAUGUCUUUUAAAGUCAGAACUGUUCUAUUUUGUGUGUUUUAAAUGUAGUGUUCUUAAUUAACUAGUUUGUUGUGAAUUUUGACUAAAAGGCCACUUUGAUUAUGUAAAAUAAUUCAUGUGAUUAAAAUAAUAAUAAAUCAGUACAGUUGUUUCUGAUUUAUACAAAAUAAAUGGGUUCUAGUUUUAAAUUGAUUGAUUGUUUUAUAUGAUUUGAAAGCUUGUAAUGCAAAUACAUGUUGACAUGCGUACUCUAGUUCAUGCUGUAAUAUUUACUGUAAGUAAAAAUUGUAUCACAUGAUUAAAAAAUAUGACUCUAUUAACAAAAGUAUUUACAAAUAGUCGGUUUUUUAUUGGCAGUAAUUGUUUAUAUUGCAGCCAAAAAAGUGCCCUUUCGAAACUAUUUAGAGCAGGGCUGAUAUGUUUGAAAUUACUUGACAUUUUAAGUUCUUUCACAGUAUUUUAACAACUGAUUAAAUAAAUAUAAUGUGACACUAAGACAACAAAAAAAAAUUUUUUUUUAAAUUUAAAGUCUUUUUUUU